UGUCCAGGAGUGGUGCUGAAAGACAAGGAGGACAUCUAUCUUAGCAUCUGUGUGUUUGGCCAAUACAAAAAGACACAAUGUGUCCCAGCCAAUUUUCCACUGGUCUUCAAUGCCAGAAUGGUGUUUGAAAAGGUGUUCCCUGAAGCAGUAGACCCUGGAGAUGUGGUUGCACAGCUUGAAUAUGAUACAGCAUUGUUUGAGUUGAUUCAGCUAGUUCCACCAGUGGGUGAAACAUUGUCUACGUAUGAUGAAAAUACACGAGAUUUCAUGUUCCCGGGUCCAAACCAAAUUUCUGGACACCAUGAUUCAAACCGCCAGGUUACCAUGAGGAGGAUUUCUGGCCUUCGAGGAAUUGCUCCAAAGCUGGAAUUUUCUACAACUUCAGUGAUUACUGAAUGUCUGAUAAGUUCAAGGAAGUGCCGCACUCAGGAUAAAUUUAUUUACCAUACGGCUCCAGUUGAAAAAUCACAUGGCAGACUGCAAAGCAGAACAUCAACAUCAAGAUCACAAAAGAAAAAAUCCAAGUCACCUGAGAGAAAUAAAUAUUGCAUAAAUGCAAAAAACUACGAACAGCCUACAAUUUCUUCAAAAUCACACUCUCCAUCUCCCUACACAAAAAGACGCAUGUGUGAGCUAUCUGAAGACACCAGGCGGCGGCUGGCCCAUUUAAAUCUGGGACCCUAUGAAUUCAAAAAAGAAACAGAUAAACCUCCAUUUGUGAUUAGACAUGUCGACCCCCCAAGUCCCAGGGCUGAUGUUUUAUUUGGAUCUUCUGGCAGAGACUGUGAAAGAGAUGGAUGGUCUAGGAUGCACAAUGAUCAUUCUCAUCUUGGCUGCUACCGACCCAAGGAUUAUAAGGUUACCAGGACACCCCAUGGGAGAGACUUUGAUGACUCUUUGGAAAGGUGUGAUGAGUAUUUAAGCUCACGGUCAUGUAGCAAGCCACAGCAUUCAGCAAGGACCUUACUCGUCCAUUCAGCACCCUCAACAAUGCCGAAGCAUUCUCCAAGCCCUGUGUUAAAUCGAGCUUCUCUCAAGGAAAGAUUCCAUUCUGAUUGGUGUUCACCUUCAAACUGCGAUGAGAUCCAUGACCGGGUAAAAAAUGUCUUGAAAUCACAUCAGGCUCAUCAAAGACAUUUAUAUAAUGAGAGAGACCCAGAGAAAGAAGAUGAACUGGAACUGAAAAGAGGUCUUUUAUACAGAGACUCUGCCUAUGACAGUGACCCAGAGUAUAGCUCAUUUCAGCGGCCACGUGGCACUCUCCAUUUGGAUGAUGGUGAAUACUGGUCCAACAGGGCAGCCUCUUAUAAAGGAAAAUCCCACCGACCCAUCUUUGAAAACAGCAUGGACAAGAUAUACAGGAACUUGUACAAAAAGGCCUGUAGUUCUGUUUCUCAUACACAGGAAAGCUUCUGAGACCAUCCAUGAUAAACUGUAUGGGUGUCUGUGUCAACUUCUCAAUGAAAAUGUUUGAUGUGAUCAAUAUCUGUAUUCUUUUUUUUUUAGCAGGUGAUUCUGAGUACAGUAGUUAAAUGUGAAUAAGUUUAUUGCUUCAAAUGGUAAAUUAUCAUAGGCAGUCCUUUUUUUUUUUAAUCACAGAAGAGAGUACUCUAUUCCAAAAGUCAAAGCUCUACACCACAAUCACAACUUCCAAUCUGAUUAUGAGAAGGAUGUUCUGCCGCAUAUAUGUCAGAUCUCCAUCUACAAAUCCAAGAAUAGAUUCUCUCUAGAAAUGGUCUUCUGCCUUAAUCACGUUGUGAUUUUCUUUUCAUCUGCUUGAUUGGUUAUCUUGUCUAAGAUUAAUAUGAACUCCUUUUUCUUGGUAAUGGGCAAAACGAUAAACAGUACAGAAAUGAAUUUCCUAAGUUUAAACCCUGUUUUGACUAGUAUUUUCUACUUAUUUAUGUCCCCAAAAAAGGUUACUUGUACUUCUUAGCUAAUAAGAAAUAGUUUUUUUUAAAGUUUAUAUAACCAUUCACUUCCUCUUCUGUCAAAUAACUAAGUUACCUAUAAUACGGUUAGCUAGAAAUAGCAGUGGCCAUGUGUGACCCAAAAUAUGACUAACUGAUUUUUAAAAAUAGAAUUCUUUGCAUGAUCUUAAGGUUAUCUUUUGGUGCAACCAGAAUCAGAACAUAGCUUUCAUUAGUAAGCAUAGAAAUAGACCAGAAAGAAUAAAGGGAUUAUAUUGUAAUUUUAAAAUCUUUAGAGUUUUCAUAGGUGUACCGAAUGGUCCAGGAA